AUGCAGGACGCUAGGACCGGUGACAGCGUAGCGGCCCGUCAAUGUUGGGAGUGCUUCAAACGCCGCCUGGUGUGCGAUCGCACCCUGCCGCAAUGCAAGAAAUGCACCAAGACGGGUAAAGAAUGCACGGGAUAUAACGACCAGAAGCCGUUGCAAUGGGUGCAACCGGGGCACGUGACGAUCCGCCCGAAGAAGAAGAAGGAGGAAUGCCGGCCACCAACGUCCGCCAGCAGAGUAGCAAACUCCGAGAGACUCGCACGCGUCAUUCCAAAUGGACCCGCUGCUGGCCCUGAGGUAUCUAGAGACGCAAGUCUACCAGAGCUCCUCGGACAAGGAGGGUGCUCGUGGCUGGUCUCCGAAGAGCUUCAGCUUACCCCGGAAGAGAUCGAACUAUCCAAGAGCCAAUUCGCCAACCUAUUGGUGCAAGAGGUGCAAGAGGACAAGCCAGCAUGGUGGCGCGACCCUGAUAUCGAGCAGCAGGUCGACCCCAUUGAGCUGACAGCUGCAGGGGCCGGGGCGGGCUGUGGGGUGGGCGAACGCAUCAUGUGCAUUGGCAACAAAGACCAGAUCAAGGAAGUAGUGGAAAGAGGCCAGCACUGGGAAGCCGCACUACUUCUGCAGUCGAACCAGAGGCCUCUUGCAAAAAUACAGAGACUGCUGCAGAUUAUGGAGAUGAACAGACUUCCAUCAUACGAUUUCUUAUCGGAUGAGACACACGAUGUGGUACAAGCUGUCAAUUACUCUUCGCAUCAGAUUAGUAUCACCGAGCCACUCGAACAGCACAUCGGGGAAGUGGAGAAGGUGUAUAGCCUUAUUCUCCCUUACACACUGUGUCCGUCAAGCCUCUUCAUCGAGAUUAUUCGCAUCAACCGCCUCCGUCAAGAGCUCAGCCUCACGCCCAUCGUGGAAUCGCAUCAGUACGCUCAAGAUGCACGAAGCAUUCUUUCCCGCAUCGAAUCCUUCUCCCCAAGAGAAUGGGCGCAGUCGAGAGAUCAAAAAGAUGACUGGCAGCUCAUCGCAUCGAUCUGGCAGUCUGCAAUAGCACUCUACUGCAUGAUGUCCUUGAAAGCUGCCGACAUUAUUCCCAGCAACACAGAGAUGGAUCGCAUGCGAAUGCAACAUCGCGAUCGUCUACUCCAAGAUCUGAAAGCUGCCACACCACUAAAACAGCUCAAGAAGAUAUCAACAUUUCCACUGUGUGUACUUGGCGUGGAAGCGGGCUAUCACGUUCAGCAAAGCACUCAGAUGUGGAUUGAACGGCACUUGGAAGAGCAUGCCCGCCUUCUUGGCAGUAACAGUCCCUUGAAGGCGCGAGAAGUGCUUCGAAGAUACUGGCGGCGGAAGAAGCCUGGUUGGAAUGAGUGCUUUGAUGAGCCGUAA